CAGUGUGUGAGGGGACACUGUGUUUGGGGGAGACAGCACGAGUUUGGGGGAGAGCAUGCCGACAGGUGGUAGGGAGCUCCCCUUGGGGGUACGGCACCCCAAUAGUCCCUGGGGCUCCUGCCCCCUCCCCCACCUGUCCCAGCCUCCUCCACCGGCUCUGAUCCGGUCACCUGCUGGUCCUGCCCACGCCAGGGUGGGGUGGGAGGCUCCCCUGGGCCCUGUCCCCCCCCCCUCCCCAGCCUUCACGGUCUCUGUGCCCCCCUCUGCCUCCAUAUCACCCCUGCCAACCCAGUGCCCCCAGGGUCCGAGUGCCCCUCUCAACCUCUCCACUGGGCCCCUGCACGCAGCCCACCCCCGCAGCGGACAUCAGUGGGAAGGGGGGAUAGGAGCCGAGGAGGGAGGAGAGAGGAAGUGACAGAGGGGGGACAGAGGGCGCUGGGCAAGGAGGGGCACCACACACCCUUAGGUUCUCCAGGGGCCCACUCUAGAUGCGCAUCCAAGCUCCUGCCCAUGGAAUCACAGCCAGUGUGGCUGGGGUGCAGGGGCCCCCGGGGGGCCCGGCGACAUCUUCCACCCAGAGCACACCCCCACACCGCCCCUCCCGGCAGGCCCUCCAGCCCCGAGCCCCACAGGGCAUCGUGCCCCCCAGCGUGGAGCCUUGAGGCAGGUGCCCACAGGUCUGAGCCUUGCCGGGCACCCGGCCGUCCUUAACCUGACCUGACCCGCCUCCCCAGCCCCAGGCCAAGCGCCUGCCAUCUGAGGGGAGGCCACGAGGCAAGUGUGCGGGAGACAGCUGUCCACGAGGGGUGUCCACGGGGGCUGUCCCCCAGGCCAGCCCCUGAGCCAUCCGGCAGCUUCGGGUGAGCCACAGGCCCUGUGCCCAGCCUGGCCGGCAGGGCUCCCGCCCGCCGCGCCGCCCCCGCGGCCCCGCGCCCCAGCUCUGGGAGUGGCCCUUCGCUCAGCACCGAAGCUUCCUCUGCUCGCCCUCGCCUGCAGACGCGUCUUUGAUGCUCUUUUUCCACCGCUUCAGUUCUCUUUAAUGUCUUCCCUUCGCCGCCGAGCCGAGUGGAGCCGGGCGGCCCGCCAGCUGUCAGGCGGGCUCUGCCUUGUCGCUCAGGCUGUGAGACCCACGCGCCCAGCCACCCGUGUCAGCCGUUUCCGCUCCCGCUCGUCACCAUCGGACACAAGAGCACAGGCCAGGAAACCGGCAACCGCCUCCAGACCCCAGCGACCCUGGGGACCCCAGGACCACGUGCUGGGGGGCCAGGCAAGGAGGGCUGCGUGACAGGUUGAGCCUCCAGGACUGGGUGUCCUCGGGACACUGCGUGGAGGAAGAGCCGGGGGCCGCUGCGGAAGGACGCGGGACCCCGCCUGGCCUGCGGCCCCUGAAGCUGGGCCAGCGGCCCCAGGGCCGGGCAAACUGAAGCCACCCCGGGGCCAGGGAGACCCCAGUCCCCGACACAGGACUGGAGGAGAGGAGUCUCACGUGGGCUCGUACAGACCCUCAGCUGCCCCAGAGUGGUGGCCUUGCAGCCCGGGGGUGGGGUGAGCCCUUGGCCGUGGAAGAGCCCCCUGCCCUCUGCCCUUGCCCCUGCCCCCUGAGCCUGCCCCCUGCCCUCUGCCCCUGCCCCUGCCCCUACCUCCUGCCCCCUAUCCCUGCACCCUGCCCCUAACCCCCGCCCCUGCUCCUACCCCCUGCCCCCUACCCCCUGCCCCUUACCCCUGCCUCUGCCCCCUGCCCUCUGUCCCUGUCCCCUGCCCCCUGCCCCUGCCCCUUGCCCCCACCCCUCCCCUCCCUCUUGCCCCCUGCUCCCUGCCCCUGCCCUGUUCCUACCCCCUCCCCUUGCCCCCUGACCCCUGCCCUUGCUCCCUGCCCCUGUGCCUUGCUCCCUGUCCCUGCCCUGCCCCUCCCCCCUCCCCUUGCCCCCUGCCCUCUUCCCCUGCCCCUUGCCCCCUGCCCUCUUCCCUGCACUCUGCUCCCUGUCCCUGCCCCGCCCCUCCCCCCUCCCCUUGCCCCCUUCCCUCUUCCCCUGCCCCCUGCCCCCUGCUCCCUGUUCCUGCCCCAGCCCCUUCCCCCCUACCCCUGCCCCCUGUCCUUCCCCCCUGCCCCCUGCCCCCUGCCCCCCUCAGCAGUGGCAGGGUAUGUGGAUUCCACCCCUCAAGCGCAGGCAAGGUGGGCUGACGCCACCCUUCAUUGUAGACGAGGGGUGGGGGGUGGUGCCUGAACCCAGACGACCUGCCCUCCCAAGGGCAGGAGGGGGGAGGACACAGGGCCCUGCAGCCUCACCAGCCUCAGCGGAAGGGCGAAGAAGCAACAACAAAUAAAGGGACAAAAACUGCUGCUGGACAGACGCCACGCCACGGUGGGGGAGCGGCGGCUGGCCUUCCCUCCUCCUUCGGCCUCUCUCUCCCUCCAUUUCUGGGUCUCUGUGGCUCCUGCAUCUCUACCCUCUCACUUCUAUCUUCUAUCUCUCCCCCCAUCUCCCUCUCCUACCCCCCCACCCCCAUCUCUGUCUCUCGUCUCCCUCUGUACCCUUCUCUCUCUCAGGCUCCCCUCCAAUCUCCACCCACGUGGAGGAGGAGGAAGAGGGGGCAGGGCUGGGGCUGGGGCGGGUCUCGUCCUAACACGGGACAGUUUCCUUUCCGCUGACACUCUACCAGAGCCGUGGAGGAAGAGAUUACGGAGGCAGCGGCUGCCGCUCCAGGCAUGGGGACCCCACGGGCGCCCUGGCCUCUUGUCUGGGCCGUGCUGCAGCUGGGCUGGUGGCCAGGAUGGCUCUUAGACUCCCCCUACAGGCCCUGGAGCCCCCUCACCUUCUCCCCGGCCCAGCUCACGGUGCUCGAGGGGGAGAACGCCACCUUCGUCUGCCACCUGCCCGACGUACCCGAGAGCUUCGUGCUCAACUGGUACCGCGUGAGUCCCCGCAACCAGACGGACAAGCUGGCCGCCUUCCAGGAGAACCACACCGAGCCCGGCAAGGACAGGCGCUUCCGCGUCACGCGGCUGCCCAGCGGGCAGGACUUCCACACGACCAUCCUCGCCGCCCAGCUCAACGACAGCGGCAUCUACCUCUGCGGGGCCAUCUACCUGCCCCCCAACACGCAGAUCUACGAGAGCCCACGAGCGGAGCUCACUGUGAAAGAGAGAGUCCUGGAGCCCCCCACAGAGAGUCCCAGCCCCCCACCCAGACUCACGGGCCAGGGCCAGGGGCUGGUCGUGGGCAUCACAAGCGUGCUGGUGGGUGUCCUGCUGUUGCUGCUGCUGACCUGGGUGCUGGCUGCGGCCUUCCCCAGGGCCACUCGAGGUGCCUGUGCCUGCGGGAGCGAGGACGAGCCUCUGAAGGAGGGCCCCUCUGCGGCACCCGUGUUCACCGUGGACUACGGAGAGCUGGAUUUUCAGUGGCGAGAGAAGACGCCCGAGCCCCCCGCCCCCUGCGCCCCCGAACAGACCGAGUAUGCCACGAUCGUCUUCCCCAGCAGGCCGGGCUCCCCGGGGCCCCUGCCUCUGAGGCCCGAGGACGGACCCUGCCCUUGGCCCCUCUGACCGGCUCCCUCGGCUGGCCUGCGGCCUUCAGAGCCUCCGCCAGGAGCCCGGGCGGACCCUUCCCCGGAGGAGCGUGCCGUGGGGAGGCUGUGGGGACUGCCAGCUUGGCUCUCCUCUUGCCGCUCACGUGACCCGGGGGUAGGAGGUGUCCCCGUCCCGUGUGUGGCCGUGCGGCCGUGUGGCGGCGGGGAGGGGACUCGGGGCCUGCGCCGGCCCAUCGCUCCCCAGAUCUGCUGCUCUGCACCUCCACACACGCCUCCCUGCGGGGGAUGGUCUGGCGCUGCGGCUCUCCCUGACCCACCAAUGCCUCCCAGGGGAGCUCCAGGACAUGGGCGCACAGGGUCCCUGGUUGGGGACUGUGCCGGUGAAGUGCCCCCACGGCCAAGAGAUGCAGCACACGGGUGGAGGGGCACACGCACGGGGCCCGGGACCUUGUGCCCCUCCAGGCCUGGGAAAGAGCUCCUGGUGUGGGGAAGGGCAGGCCGUCCGUGGGCCACCCUCACGCACAGCCCAGCCCACCAAACAGCCUGGGGGCAAGGGGGCAACAAGGGGAACGGGCCCCAGCUGGGGAGUCGCCCUCCCCUCGGUGCCCAUGCAUGGUGCUAUUUAUGGGGGCCUCCGCCCGGCACCCCCCGGGCCCACUGUCACGGCGGGGGGGCAGUGGUACCCAGGCGUCAGGGGCUGUCUUAGGCUCCACACACACCUCAGAGCCCCUCACCCUGUUCUAUUAUAUUAUAAUUAAAUACUGACGAAAACUCUAA